AUGGACUUAUUUGAAAUGACGUCUGACACCAAAACAUGUUUCCAAUGUUCAUCUGAAAUGUUGCACGAAAGCUGCACUUUUAGAAAUCAAGGAAAGCAUUCCUCUAUUGUGUCGUCGCUACCGCCUGCAGAAAAGAUUCCUGUCCAUCCGAUACCGCUCCAACGAUUUUGCAGUGAUGUCGUUACGAUGUCAAGCGAACUACGAUAUGAAGUCGCCUCACGAAAACAUGCAGAAGACAUUGAAAAAUUUAUGUUGUCUGAAUUUGGAGCGAAUGAGCCGAUCACACAUUCAUUGAACGCUACCACAUCUGAUUUAUGCGACUUUUUUCAUGAUUUAUCCGAAUCUGGAUACUCAAAUGAAAAAUAUUCUACUGUGGUUUACGACCAGAACAGACUCGUUGCAAUCUGCUUAUGUUCCGUCACAAAAUACAAAGAAGGAGUAGGAUCAAUUCAUCCUGAAAUUGACGCCGAACAUCACGAUUUUGCCGAAGAAAUCCUUAAAGGUCCCUACAAGCAACACAAAGCGAACCAGUUAGUCGCUUACGUAAGUGCAUUGGAGCAUAGGCAACGGCGAUUACUUGGAAACACCACUAAAAUUCUUAAAAUUGAUAUAAUUUGUGUCUUAAGCGAAUAUAAAGGUCGUGGAAUAGGUAAGGAAUUAACUCGACGAGCGAUAGAGACUGCAAAAUCAGAGGGAUGUGAAUGGGUGGCGACAGCAGCGACAGCAAACGCAUCUCAAGCCGUCUUCUCUCGGAUCGGUUUCGAAGCGCUAUACGAAAUCCCAUAUUCUGCUUUCCGAGAGAAUGGAAAUGAGGUGUUCAGAAAUUUACACGACGGUUGCCAAGGUGGAAAAUUUAUGGCCUUAAAGGUGAAUUAA